AUCAGACUUAUGACAAACAUCUUAGUUGUCUCCUAAUAUGAAAUCUAUAAGAAUAAACUCAUAGGCGAAGGUUAAUAUGGGAAGGUUUAUGCAUGCAAAGAUACAUGCAACCCAAAUUUACAAUUAUGCGCAAAGGUAAUUAAUAUUUAAAUUAGAGAUUAUUGAAGAUAAAAUAUAAGACCCGAAGACUGGUAGAGAAAUGGAACUUAUGUAGAUGAUUAUGGAACAGGGAAAGAAUAAUAAACACAUUGUAGGAGUCUAUCAUGUAGAUGUGAAUAAAUCAAGAAUUGUAUUAAUUUUAGAAAGAUGUGAAUGUGAUUUGCAAAUGUAGUUCAAGGAAAGAAGGUAAAAUGAUAAAUAUUACACUCCUGAAGAAGCUAUUAAUAUAUUAAAAUAAAUUAUCAAAGGCUAUAAACUACUAUAUGAUAAUAAUGUUAUCCACAGAGAUAUUAAGCCUUAAAAUAUUCUAUAUUUGGAUGGUGUAUAUAAAGUAUUAAUAGUUAUUAAACGAGAUUGCUGAUUUUGGAUUAGCCAGAGUUUAUCAAACAAAUGAUGAGCUCACUAAAUCUGGUACUCCGAAAUAUGCUUCACCUCAAUUAUUUGAAGAAGGUUCCAAUUUUACAAAUUCUGCAGACAUCUACUCUGUAAAUUGAAAAAAUAUUACAAGCUUGGAAUAGUUUGCUAUGAACUUAUAUUUGGAGGCCUGCCAUACUAAGUAAACAAUUUACAGUAAUUGAUAACGAAGUUGAAAUAAUUAGAAUCAAACCCAAUAAAAGUUAAUCGAUCUGCAGCUGGAGUAAAUACAAUUUUAUUCUAUAGAUGACUGAAGAAAUUGCAAAUUUGAUAGAAAAUAUGUUAAAGUAUAAUGAAAAUAAAAGAAUCAGUUGGAAUGGAUUAUUUUCUCAUCCUUUAUUAAAGGACUAACCAACCUCUUUAGUUCUUCCUGUCCCUCAAAUAGCUAAAAUUCCUACAAUGCCUCAAAUGAGUCAAACCCCUUAAUUCUAAAUCAAGGCUCCAUUGUUUAUAUAAAGUGCUAAUCCAUAAAAAUAGGAUCAAAAACUCACAUAACCUCCCUCUCUUCCCGGAUUUUAGUAAACCCUGGAUAUAUCAGAUCAACUUUUUUAAAUUGCAGUCUUUAUGAAUUAUGUUUUGGAUUCUCUGGAUAAGCAUUUGUAUAUUCUUAUUUCUAUUUAGGAAUCAAUAAAGAUAAAUACAUGCAGAUGUGAUCAAAAUAAAGUAACAGUUAUUCUACCUUUCAUCUUGCUUUUAUUAGCAUAGCAAAGCAAUGAAACUUAAAUCCUAACCUUCAUCUAACAACAAUUAUGCUUUAGCAGAUGUUGAAAGAGCUAUAACAUAACUUGAAACAACAAAACAGUUACUUGUAGAUCAAACAAACAAUUAUGGUUUAUCGAAAGAUUUCCCAAUUAAAGAAACAUUGGCUGAUUACACAGGCUAUUUUACAUAAUUAAGCAGUCUAUUAGCAAUCUAAUUCCUAUUUCCAUACACUAAUAAAUGUAGUUACUAUUUAGAAUAUUUGCAGUACAUUAUUAAUAUUUAUGUAUAAAGGUUACUCUUCUGUUUGUCAAAAAUGAAAGUAUUAAAAGAAGCAAAAGAAGCCACAAUAAUUCAUAAAUAUAUUGUCGAUAUAUAGAGCUAAUUACAAAAUGAAAUUGUGAUUAAACAAACCUUAAAUUCUAAAAUUAAUAAUUGA